CACCAAGAAAAGAACGAUGGAUGCAACCAAACCAAAAAGAAGAAGAAAACGUCAUCAUACUGCGACGUAGAUAGACGAGCAACUAUUUGUUUCUCAUUUUAUUAAUCUGCAACUACAUUUUGUAAUUAACAGUUUUUACGAUCUUAUACAAAGUUUUCUCAGCCCACUCAAAAUAUAAUAACCGUGAUUGUGGGAUAGGAGAGAUGUAAAAUAAAUAUUAGGAGAACGAUAGUGGUAUUCUGUAACUUUUUUUUUUUAGCCACAAUGGCAUCGGAAGAUGAAUUAAAUCUUUUGGUCAUUGUGAUGGACGUGAACCCCAUCUGGUGGGGCCAGCAGGCCCAACGGGAGCCAGAGUUCACCCUAUCAAAGUGUUUGGAUGCGGUCAUGGUCAUGGGAAACUCCCAUAUGGCCAUGACAACGACCAACAGAUUGGCCGUUAUUUCAAGUCAUUUUCAAGACAGUCACUUUUUGUAUCCCUGCAAGAACUGGACAGGAGGGGAUGGUGCUUGGGAUGGAACUAUGGAUGAGGCACCUAACUGCGGCGACGGGAAAUAUGAACUUCUAUCUGUUGCCAAUAAUGUAGUGGCGGAGGAAAUGAAGAGAGUAAUGUCAACAACUGAAAUGAAGGGCAAUUCCACUGACACCUUAUUGGCGGGCUCCCUGGCCAAAGCCCUGUGCUACAUCCACAGGAUGACAAAGGAAUUGGAAGCUGGCCAAGAGAUGAAAUCAAGAAUAUUGGUUAUUAAAACGGCUGAGGACUGUGCCCGCCAGUACAUGAACUUCAUGAACGUUAUUUUUGCUGCCCAGAAACAGAAUAUCCUCAUAGAUGCCUGUGUGCUUGACUCAGACUCCGGUCUUCUUCAGCAGGCUUGUGACAUAACCGGUGGAUUAUAUCUUAAGAUACCCCAGAAGAUCGCCCUGGCACAGUACCUCUUGUGGGUGUUCCUGCCUGACUUGGAGCAGCGGCCCCAGCUGGUGCUGCCGCCACCGGUCCACGUGGACUACAGAGCCGCCUGCUUCUGCCACCGCAACCUCAUCGAGAUCGGCUACGUCUGCUCUGUGUGCCUGUCAAUUUUCUGUAACUUCAGCCCCAUCUGCACAACUUGCGAGACUGCUUUCAAAAUACAGUUGCCCCAGAUGAUGAAGUCAAAGAAGAAAAAACUCAAGCAAUCAAUAUGAUGUUUAUUGACAAGUUUACAUUGCUUUGUUCUUAUUUUGUAUUCUUGAUUUGAUGGGUUCAUCUGAACAGUUCACUAAAAGGCAGAAAGGCUGGUUAUAUAAAUCAGGUUGUUUUUACGAUUUAUUUUCCCCUAAUUUCCUUUGUCAUUAAUUUCAAAUAAAUGUAGCCUUCAUUUUGUUGUUUUUUAUUACAGCCGUUCAUCUGAACUUGGAUAAACCUCUUACAUUUAUUGAUUAAGUAAUUACAAUACACAUGAUUCCUCAAUUUACAAAAAACGAAAAUGCAGUAGAAAUCUCUACUCUUCAAGAGUCCCCACUAGGGAUGGGAACAAUAUUGCACCUGGGGGAAAACAAAGGUUUAUUAGGUGUUUUUUGACAGAUAAUAAAAAAAGUCCUAUCACAAUAUCUAAUGUUGAGAAAUCCUAUUCAACUAAAGAUUUCUCUUGGAUUUGUCCACUUACCCCAGUAGGCCUCUGCCAGACCACUUCUGGGGAGUCAGGCUCAUCUGAGUUGGUUUGUCAUCGCGGAUUACUGAGACGCGGAGUGGUUUCUGGAAAAAUGUUCGGGUAUAACUAAAUGGUUAAAUACAUAUGUGAGUUGACAGGGAUGUCCCAAUGUUGAUAAUAUAAUUUGUGGUCGCUUGAAAAGUUUGGCCUGCCCUCUUAGUCGAAAAAUGACUUGCAGUACAAAUGAUUCCUAAAAGUGUGUAGAAUGUAAAGAAUGAAUGUCCGUUUCUUCUGGUGUUUGAGUGUUUUAGGGACAUGUGAUCUUGUAAGACAAGGCGUGCAAUUAACUUACUCCCUCGCUGUGUUGGACCACCGACGCAAUGUUGGCAAGGUUCUGGAAGUUCCCUGUGUUCACCGACCCAAACUCAAUGACUUCAUCACCAACUCUGAUGCCCUAUAGGGACAGACGUGCAGAUGUAACGCCUUCCCCAACAACAGGUUUCCCUCAGAGCCAUGUUUAGAUGUACUAUUACAUUUUUUUUCAGUUCAUACAUCAUAUCAUAUCCACUCUCACGGCACGAUUUUCGGAGUUGCCCUUGAAAACUCAGUGCUAACCCCGGUCUGGAACAGGGCAAGCAAGUUCCGAGCUAGAAUUGGUGCGAGCCCACAAAGACAGAGAAUAAACCUCCUCACCGCUCUGCAGGCUGGGGAGCCCUGAGUGACCCCGUCCACACGGGCGAAUGGGGAGGGCCGAGGGCCACCCUGCUCCAUGGCCUCUGCCUGCUGACAUUCAUCUUGCUCAUGCUUGGAUUUCUCCCGGGCGUGCAGCUUGUGGAGGGCGUCUUCGAUGUCCACCAUGAUGGCCUUGUGGUCAUUUUGCAGACCUGAAGGAUUUUAAUGAUCCUCGGGUGAUUACCUUUCAAUAGAAUAUUUAUAACCCAUGACUUAUGUAGCCUAAUAUUUUCUGUGAUAAAUACUUAUCUGGAAGUCAUGUUUUUUAGGAAGACAACCUAUAUAAUUAACAUAUAUAUAGAAAACACAAACAAGCUUCAAAUUAGAAAACCACAUUCUGGAUAAAUAGCAUACACCUCAAUUCAUAAAUAGAGGUGAAACUCAAAAAAUAAUAUUGUGCCAAAGUUCAUUUAUUUAGUUGAUUCAACUUAAAAAGGUGAAACUAAUAUAUAAUAUAGUCAUUUCAUGCAAAGUGAGAUACUUCAAGCCUUUAUUUGUUAUAAUGUUGAUGAUAAUGGCUUACAGAUUAUGAAAACCCCAUAUUCUAAAUCUCAGAAAAUUAGAAUAUGGAGAUAUUGUUCAAUAAUUUAGGCUCAAAGUGUCACACUCUAAUCAGCUAAUUAAUCAAAAACACCUGUUCCUGAGCCUUUAAAUAGUUCAGAGGGGCCAACAUUUCUGUAUUUAAAAUCAUAUUUUUAUUGAUUUCAUGUACCAUUCAAAUUUUCUGAUAUUUUGAAUUUGGGGUAUGCAUAAGCUGUAAGCCACACUAAUCAAUUGUAACAAAUAAAGGCUUGAAAUAUCUCCCUGUACAUCUAAUGUGUAUAAUAUAUUAGUUUAAUCUUUUAAGCUUGAUUACUGAAGAAGACCCGUGUAAUAAAGGCCUAUAAUAUUUCUGUUUAUGGCAUAGAUUUCUCCUCAGAUUAGGCCAAUAAAGCAAUGAUAAAAAUAAAACAAAAAACGCUUGAUAAAAGGCCCGGCCCGAGGAUAGUGGUGGGAAAUAUCAGAGAAGGGUGAACUUAUUGUGCAGCAGGACGCAGGGUGCAAGUGCAGUUGGAAGUGGUCAUGGCUAAAAUUAGAAGCCACGACUGAGGUGAAUUCAGUGAAAGCAUAACUUUACACGGUCUGACUUUUUCAAAAAAAUUGAGAAAAAAGGAUGUGCUAAAUGCACACUCUGUGACAACAACAAUAACUACAGAAAGUGUUGCACAGCUUCUCCGAAACCCUCUUCCAGAAACCCCCAAAGCAGCAGAUAAGAUCAGGAACAGUGCCAGGCCUACACUGCCAGUACCUGUACCUGUGAUCGAAUAUCCAAUGCAGAGGUGUGUGUUUGUGUGUGUGUGAAAAUAAAUUAACUUACCGGUAGUUUAAAAAGUCACUUUUUAAACUAAAGCCCCUGUCCUUCGUUUAUUGGAUAAUGUUUAGGUCCGGUCUGUCCGGGCCAAGUUGUUUGAUGGCCAACUUCUCUUCCAAUUUUAAUUCUCAAAUGUUUGUUUUUUUAAGGAAACUACACUGUUAAUAACAGGUGCAACACCACUCGCCCUAUCUGCAUCUAAUAUAGAAACGACGAAAGAUACCGGCAGAAUAAUUCGAACAGUUCUAGAAUAUGACCAUGGGGCAGACUACUUUACGAUCAUAUAGGCGUCUUUUAGCGUGGAUUGCAAUUCGUAUUGCAGCCUGCAGGAUUAUGCGAUAAACAUACGGAGGAACGCGGUUGCUGAGCUGCCCCGGCCCUACAUUGAAUGACACGUUAAAGGGGACCUAUUAUGCUUUUUCAACUUUUAUGACCUAUAAACGUUGUUAUAAUGAUUGAUAGUCAUGUUUAACCAUACUAAAGUGUCAAAUAAUGACGUACAUGCAUUAUGACGUAGUCCCUGCUGACAGUCUGGGGUGGCUGUGCAGAGCGCUAAACACUCGGGACAACGAUUGCGAUUCACUUUCCGGGAAACAUCUACGUAGACGUACUCCUGCCACGCCCCCAUAUGCCUGGUCAAAACUGCCCGCGCGCGCUCCAAGGAAGGUAACCAAUCACAACAGAG